UCUGUAAUCUGUGCUAUAGCCAGAAAAAAAUAAAGAAGAGCUUUUAAAGUUUUAACAAAAAUAAAGCUAGCGAAAUGGAUUUAUCUGAAGAAUCUGAUUCUGAGGAUCGUCAAUCUUAUAGUGAUAAUGAAAUCAGAAAAAUGAAUUCGAAUACUCCAACAAGCAUCACAAAUAAUAAUAUAAUUCUUAGGUUAUUUAAUAGAGAAAUUUAUGGCAAUACGUCAAGAAGAUUUAAUGAAAAUACCCAAAAAGUGUUUGACAAAAUUCCACCGAGAUUGCGGUUUUGUCUCAUGGAUAUAGUUCCUAUGCAGUAUUUUGGGAAUCAUGUUUUCAUGGGUUUUUCCCAGUGUGGUCAGUUCCUUUUAAGUUUCACAUCCAGGAUUUAUUCACAAAUAUACUUUCGGGAGCAUUCUAAAUAUAUGCUACAUUUUAUGUCAUGGGUGCCUGGCCGAAAGGUGACCCCUGUGCACAAUGUUCCCCUGUUUGGAGAUGAAUAUGUAGAUAGUAAAAUGUCAAUAUCAAUAGCUCAAUGGAGACACAAUCCACAUGUCUUGGUUGUGUAUGGUAUUGCUGACUGUACAUUGGACAAAUCAUCCCACCUCAGUGUUGUUGGUGUUCCGCAAUUAGGAUGCAAAAAAUGUGCUGCAAUGUCAAAAGAAGAAGAUAGUUUAGAUUGGGGUAAACGCUGCUUAGAGCACAACUUUGCAAUACAUACAAAGUUUUUCUGCACAUUUGACAGUAAAAUGUCUGAGCCUGUUGUACAGUUAGCAUAUUCAAAUCAAAUUAUAAUAUAUGGUGACUUCAUACAUAUACUCGAAAUAGAUUUAGUAAAACCAGAUGAUAACAAAAAUGAAAUAAUAGAAGAUAGUAAGUACGCAAUAGAUAGAGAAGAAACUGGUUCUAUAGAUAUAAGUCCAAGUACACCUGCCUCAGAUUUUUCCGCUCCAAAAUAUCAAAAUAAUGUGAUCCAGAAUAUUCUAGCAGAUUUUUCUGACUUAGAAGUGGAUUUAAAUCAAAUAUACCGUCCAGUACACUUGCCCGAUAUGAUGGGGCAGGAGUUAUGUAUUCAAGCUUCAUCAAUAUCUCACAACCUCAUUGAAGAGUGGGAAGGUCCAUCACCUUCCAUCAGAACACUUAUCAGCCCUCCACUACGGUCGCCGAGGCGGCGGCCCGCAGAGAGCAUGUCGGGUUUCAACGAGUCUCACAGAGUUAUGGCAGAAAAGGCAUACGAAUUUGUAGAGGAAACGGACACAAAAUGCGAAAAAUUGAGUAUGUUCCGAAAGCGAAGACUGGCUGAUAAGAAAUACGAGUUCUCAGAGGACAACAACGAAAAUAUUAUACCUUUUAGAGUUUUAAGAAGCAAUAGAAAAUAUUUUACAGGGACAACGAGUAAAACUCAGAGUAGAAGAGCUAAAUCUCCGUCCGUUGAGAGUGUUGUUCUUCGGGCUCACAAUCAAAUAAGGCCCACAUCCCCGACGAGCAGUAGUGGCUCAAAGAGUCCCGGACUUGCCCUGGAAUCAGACUGCUGUAGUGAAUCUGAGUACAGAGUCAUGGAAAUGUUGGACGACGGCUCUCUGAAGACUGUCUCGGUCCACGACAACACCUCAAAGACAUUAUCAGAUUGUCCUGUUAGCCCACAGGACCCAUACUUAGUCCAUUCUGGAAAUUCGAAAUGUACCAAAUUCUUCACUCGAUAUUUUGUUGAAAGUGAUGACGAAAUAACAUCAAUAAUUACUGAUUCUGAAGAUGACUGCAUAUCGGGGUAUCACGUGGCACUGUCGUUGACGGGUCACGGGGCUGGCUACGCGCCUCUGCAAGCGGUCGGCUCCUGCGCGUGGGAACGCCUGAGAUGUAGCUCGGCGUCUGCCCUCCCGCCUCUCACCAUCCGGUCUCAGCAGAGAUCUCUGGACACGGAGCUGCUGUGCAACGAGGUCUGCGGGCGACUGUGCAAGAUUAAUAAUAUGAAGUUCAUAUAUUGCUUCGAUUGGGGCUGCCAUGUCAUCGAAGUGUGCCAGUCUAGUGGAUGUUUGUCUGGGUUGUGUGCUAUGUGGUUGUGGGCUUGCGACGAGAGUGUGUCUGCCGAGUGCAGCGAAUGUGAGGAUGUGCCCGCGAAGUGUCAGCAGCACAGGCAACAGUACGCGGCCGAGUGCCUGUUUGUUUGGGACCUGGUAAGCGGCGUGUACAGAACAGAGAAAGUCACGAUGAGAGAAGAUCAAUCUCCAGAGGGUACUAGAGUGCCAGGGGUGCAGCGAGCUAGAGAGUUGGCGAAGAAGCUCGGCGCCGGUGACAUGCCGCGCGGCACAGAGAACAGGCUGCUCACAACACUCGCAGGCUCUGGAAAAUCAUUAAAAAGACUGGUGGACCUCGACAACUGCAUCGAGAUCACGAAACAUCGCCCCGACAGCUCCGAGUCUGAGUCAACCACCGACGACGACACCGAUUACGACUGAUUGUAUGUGUUGUAAUUCCUGUUUGUAUCUCACUUUGUAAAUGUUGGAGGUGCUCUCAGUUCUGUGUCGAUACUGAGUGUACAUCUUGCGGGUAUCAAGGAGUAGGGCACAUAUUGUAAUGACGCUAAUAUUAUUUAAAUUCAGUUGAAAUAUUGCAUCGAACCGACAGCGAAAUUAUAAAUGUAUCUUGUUAAUAUGAUCUUGUCUUGUUAAAGUCUGUGUCCGCCAUAUUGGUGACGUCAAUCACCAAUAUGGCGGCCUGUUCCCAAGCCAAAGCGCGGGGAACUCUCAAGUGCUUGAGUCAGUCAUGUGAAAUGGGUACAUGCAAAAACCAUUAAAUGUAGAUAAUAUAACGUGGUACAGGAGUACCAUGUUAUAUGGGUUUUUAAUACAUAAAUUUAAUAAAAUAUUUAAGAAAAAAUAUUUAAGAAUUAAAGAAGACUUUAUGUUAUUUUUAAAAGUUAGUAAUUCUGCAUUCAAAGAUUUUCUAAAAAUUACUUGCCUCGUCUGGGAAUCGAACCGACUUAAAUGUAAAAAACAAUCACCCCUGCUCUUAUGAUGCCAAUCGAAAGAAUGGCCAAAAACUAAUAACUCUUCUUAAGUAACAUAGUAUUUUAAAAGAAAGUAGUCAAUUAAGUGGGUAUUUUUUUGUAAAUUAAUUAAUUAUAUGCUCAAAAUGUGAUCCCUCUUGUCUUACGCAAAUCGCCAAGUUUUUAAUGAGUCCGCUGCCUGUUGAUUUUCUUAUCAUUUUAUGGUGAAUACUCGAUAUGAUAUGACACAAUUCUGUUUGUAACUCGCCCACUCGUAUCGUUUUUUGUAUAGCAUAUCUUUCACGUAUUUCCAAAAGAAGAAAUCUAUUGGUGUGGUGUAAGGUCCGGGGAUCUGGCCGGCCAUCUAAUCGGUCCAUUCGUACCAAUCCAAGUAUAAAAACAUUCAUUUUACGUUGUUCCUUUCUUUUAAAAUACUAUGUUACUUAAGAAGAGUAAUUAGUUUUUGGCCAUUCUUUCGAUUGGCAUUAUAAACGUAGGGGUGUUUUUUUUACAUUUCAGUCGGUUCCAUUCCCAGACUAGGCAAGUAAUUUUUGGAAAAUCUUUGAAUGCAGAAUUACUAACUUUUAAAAAUAACAAAGUCUUCUUUCAGUAAAAUAGCCUAUCUUCGAUAUUUAAGGUACUUUCCCUUCAUGUCCCAUAACUUUGGGACACCCUGUAUAAGUAUACAGGGUGUGUAAACUGGACUCGAGUCGACUUUACCAUAGCGAGCGUGACCCAAUCAAUAAAGUGCUCAGCUAUAGAAGUUUUCACAUUUCAAAAUAAAAUUCGUAAUCUUGUAUAGAAAACACGAAUUUGUUUAAAUUUAAAUUUUAUUUUAAAUUAUUUUGUAAUCCAAUGAUUUAAUUCAAAUGACAACAUUAUUUUAUAAAUGUAUGACGAAUAAAGUAUUAUCUGUAUGUUAAAAUAUUAGUACCAGAUAUUGUGACUAUGUGUGAUACGUUAAUCAAUAUGUUCUUGUGAUAUUAUAUUUGUUACUAGCUAGUGCCACGUGGCGCAGGCCGCUGUACAAUGAAACAAAAUGGCAGCAACUCUAGUCACUAUUGUAAAUGUUCUCUUUUUAUCUCCGUGCGUUACGUUCGACCGAGAGAGGCGCCAUCUUGAAUAAUUUUUUAUAUGACGAUAGGGGACGCGACGAGCGGGACUUUCAGUUGAUGGUUAUUGAUACGCCCUGCCCAUUAAAAUUCAGUGCUGCUCAGGAUUCUUGAAAAACUCAAAAAUUCUGAGCUGAACUACAAUUGCGCUCGUCACCUUGAGAAAUAAGAUAUUGUUAAGUCUCAUUUAAAUGCCUACUAAUUUCACUAGCUAUGGCGCCCUUCAGACCGAAACACAGUAAUGCUUACACAUUACUGCUUCACGGAAAAAAUAGGCGCCGUUGUGGUACCCGUAAACAAGCCGGCAUCCUGUGCAAAGGAGCCUCCCACUGAUAAAAUCAUAUCAUACUAUUGAAUUAUUUUUUGUGGGCUUUUUGGCACUAGCGAUUCAUUAGAUUAGUGUUAGGUAGAGUUAUGAUCCAAGUUGUGAGUAAAGCAAUAUUUUGUGUGCGGUAUUAAAGUAGCAAGUAAGUAGGUACUUAUCUAAUAAUAUUUGUACUGUAUUGAGUUUGAAUAGAUCAAUGAGUAGCGUUGAUUAAUUGAAGCUAAUUCGACCCAAUGACAGAAAAUUAUUUGAAUGUGACAUUAUUACUAUAAGGGGCUGUUUCACAGUGUCCAAGAAAAGUAGUAGAUUGUCAUAGGCUAAUAAUAAAUUAAUGGCUACAUAAAAGUUCCAGAUUUAACUGACAGUUCUGUUUGACGAAAUGAAAAUAUUAAAAAGUGAUGGUUUUUAGUGAAAAUUUUAUUUGAUAUUUUUUACAUUUUUCUAUUUUUAUAUAUUUUUAAAUAGCACUUCUACUAUUAUUUUCACAAUAAAAUGAAUCAUCACAUAAUUGUAUUCCGUUAACGUAACGAAAUUUGCGAACGUCAAGUAAUCAAUUAUCAUUAGCCUUUCUUAAUUGUCAAUAAGUUUAACAUAAACAAACCAUGUGCCAAACAUUAUAGUAGAGGAGCCCGAGCGGGGAUUUUGGGAUUUAUUCGAGUGCGUAUAACAUAAGAGGGACAAACCAGCACCUUGUGAAGUACUCCCAACAUACCGGAGUCCUGUAUAUAGGGUCGAACAUCUAGAGCAGCUGAUCUAGUAAAAAAAUCGAUCCUUGGAACAACUUGAGCGCGUCAAAUUGAGGUAAGGUAAGUUAAUUAUAUGCAGUAAAGUGUGUAUUUCAAUAACCUAACAAUUUGAGUGUUACAUAAGCAAAUCAGUAAGUCAAAAAGUUGCAAACCAUCAAGUUAAGGUCCACACAAUUGUCAUAUUAUGUGUCAGAAUGACAAUUACUGAUGACACUGAUGACAUGAUGAACCGUCUGUAUGAAUAAUCUGACGCGCUUGAGUAUAUUUUCAUGGUCACGAUUUUUUUCGCAUUUUCAUAAAUUGGUCACGUCCAAACCGUCAGCCUUUUAGCCAGGAGCGGUGUAAAAGUAGAUUGUUAACCGAGGGUCGGAAGAAUCAAUCCCCGAGGUAUUUAGACGCCCGAGCGCAGCAAGGGCGGUUGUAGUCCGAGUAGGAAUUGAUUCUUUUACCCGUGUUAUUUCAUUUCGAGUAUGAGGAAAAUAAAAGUAGUUGUUUAUCUAAACUAUUUAUUGAUAAUAUAUAAUAUUAUUAGUAGUACCUAUUUAAAAUGAUUGUCAAAUUAGGACAAUUUAUGUCGAAUUUUAAAUAUGGAACUCACCGCGUAAUUGUUGCGGCUUAUUCCGCUCAAAGAAGUUUGCGCUAAGUUCACACUGGCUGUUUAGAAAGUCACAUGGCCGCAGCAUUUUUUAAUUAGUUUUUUUUUACAUAAAACUCUUCACAGCUGACAGACAGUUCUAUUUGUAAAGUUCAUUCUGACCCUUAGGUGGGAAGUAAUUUGUAUAAGUUUUUCCCUCUAUAUGGAGGGAAGCAGCAUUUUCCACCCAAUAGCCAGAUCAAAACAACAUUACUUUCCGAGUAGGUAUGCGAAAUGAAAAUGUUUUUUUUUUUCCUAUUUUCUACCCCUUCGUUCAGCAGAUUAAUAUUUUCCCGUUAUUAGUGGGGCGCAUACCCUAUUAAUAUCUGAAGCGCUUGAGUAUUUAUUUGUGACUCCUUUUUUACAUUGUUGGACACGCUCCACCCUUUAUAUCAUCUAACCUACACAAUCCAAAAGGUGCCUCGACGUAAAUCCCUAUUUAGUCUCUUGGGCUCCCCUACCAUUAUAUAAAUUGACAUUAUUUUGUCAAAUACUUGUCACACUGUCAGGCGAUCCAUCAGAUAACUAAUAUAUGUGGUACUACACCCAUCCUUUAAUUUAAAUGGCACUUACCUGCUAUAUUUACAUUGUAAAACGCAACAACCUAACAAUCUUAACAACUAACGCAAAUGAUGUCUUUAUUCGAUAGAAGUAGCAAGUAGCCUAUCAGGAACUUUAGUUAGACAUUGUGAAACAGCCCCUUAACCCUUGACUUAAAUUUUCCGAUACAACAUUUGUGAUGAAACACAACGGCAGUCGUGGGGAGAUCAAUGAACAAUAAAGAUCUUUUCAUUCUGAGAUUUUCUUGUAGGUGAGAGGGACAGGCGUUACUCUCGAUUAAUCCAACACAUUGAGGCCCUUUUUAUACGCUUCAUAUUAGCUUCACCUGUAUGAUUGUAACCGACUUCUUUGGGCGCGAUUUUGACCCAUUUUAUACGGUUAGAUUUCGUUCAAACUUUGUAGCUUUAUCGAGGACCGAUGACAUUACACUAAUUUGACUAAAAAAUGAAAAAUAAAUAAUAGUUAAAAAAAAACUAAAAAGCACGCUUUAUAUAAAAUUCAACAAAAAAAUUGAAAAUAAAUUUAAAUUUAAAAUAGUGUAAAAAAAAUAUAUUUUAUUGUAAAAAAAAGCGUGGGGUGCUUUUUAAGAUAUUAUUAAAAUAAUAAUUCUUCUACACCCCUUCUUGUAGGUGAGAGGGACAGGCGUUACUCUCGAUUAAUCCAACUCAUUGAGGGCUUUUUUUUUUCAAUAAAUGUUUAAGAAAUUACCUCAUACCUCAUCAAGUACAGCAGUAAUCUACAUGCGAAAUAAGUUUUGACGUCCUCCAGUUCAGCGGCCUGCGCUAUCUCGAGCCAAUGCCAUAUUGUUAAUGUACUCAUAGGUGCCAACUAUAAAUGGUGCGCUGUGAUCUAGGUACUCCGCACUUCUAGGGUACUCCGUCUUUUCCACAUCAAACUAAGUGUUCAUCACGUGUAACAUACCUAACUAUAUAUAUUUACUAGAAAUUCUUAAUUACGGGGUUUCGCAAUAUUUUUUUUUAUAAAAACCAUGACUGAGACAAAAAUGGUUGUGCGACUUUUGAUAAUAUUGUAUAGUUUGAAGAAUAUGUAUAAUUAAUGUAGUAACUACUUCGUUCUUUUAACAGCUCAUUGAAUUGAACUGUUUUGAAUAAUGGUUAGAGUCAAAUUACGCUUUAAAGCUGGCAUUCAAAUCAUCUGCGUUUUAUUAAGCGCAUAUUUUUUACAACUUAACAGUGUAAAAUGAAAAUAUUUGGUAUAUUUCAUAUUUUCAAUUGUGUGUAGCACUAAAAAAUAAAAGCGUUGUGUUGUUGACCCACCGCCAGCGAGAAAGCGGCUAACUUCUCGUUCAUUGCACGCAGUGGAAGAAGCACCUUAACAAUCACCCGAGCUGAUACAAUCAUAACAUUGCUAUUGAAUCCUAAUAAAAAAAAUAUGCUAGAGGCCGUAUUCUACUAGUGGUUCUAGUUGUAUUUACAUACCUACCUAAUGCUUGAUGCAUACUAUGUUGAGAUUAAUUAUACCUAAAAUGCAGGGUUUAAUUGUUUGGAUUUUAAUCAUACUUCACAACCAUAUUGUGUCAUAAACUUUUUUUUUUAAUGAAAAUAAGGGACGAGACGAGCAGGACGUUCAGCUACUGGUAAUUGAUACGCCCUACCCAUUACAAUGCAGUGCCGCUCAGGAUUCUUGAAAAACCCAAAAAUUCUGAGCGGCACAACAAUUGUGCUCGUCACCUUGAGACAUAAGAUGUUAAUUCUCAUUUGCCCAGUAAUUUCACUAGCCUCGACGCCCUGCAGACCAAAACAGUUAUACCAUUACCAUUAGGUGAUCCGCAUGUUAAUUUCUAUUCCAUAAAUAAAAAUUGGUUGAUAUUGUUGCACACGAAAUUUACUCGAAAUAAAACUCAUUUCAAGGAAUAUUUGCAUUUAAUAUUAACAUUUAAGUCAUUACUAGUAUGUAGUCGUCUUGCCAUUGAACUGUAUAAAUAGAAUAUAAAUUGUAAUAAAAAACUAAACAUA